CGGGCUGCAGGUGUUAUACAAAAAACGUAUCAUGUCACGUGACGCAAAUUCUCAACAUCUUCCCUCAUCCGCUGGCAACACUCAAACUUGAGGGACCAAGAACACUCUACGUCCGAGAAGAGGCUGGUCCUCAUUCGAUGCUCAAGAUAUUCCAAUGGCUUCUGCGCAGUCUGUCACUCACUACCAAAUACUGAAGCUUGACCCGCUGUUGAUCGACGACCAACAAGAUCCAACGGCACUCAUCAAGAAAGCUUACCACCGCGCCCUCCUCCAGAAUCACCCGGACAAAGCCGCGGCUUCCCAGGAAGCAAUCUUCAGCGUUGAUCAGAUUACACAAGCGUAUAAUGUAGUAUCAUCGCCAGCGCAACGCGCUUCGUACGAUGCUUCGCUACGCCUUGAGCCCCAGGCGAACAGCGGCUUCGCAACAAAAUUUCAGACUGGUGUGGAGAACGUCGACCUUGACGACUUGGCCUUUGAUGAGGCAGAGGAUUGCUGGUAUAGAUCAUGUCGUUGUGGCAAUGAUAGGGGCUAUCGAUUCCGGGAGGACGACCUCAUGGAAGCUGAGGAAGAGGGAGAACUCAUGGUGGGAUGCCUGGAUUGUAGUUUGUGGCUGAGAGUCCAUUAUGCGGUCCUAGAAACAGACGACUGUGAAUCACCCACCAAUCAAAAACAGAAUUGACGCACAGAGGCAGCAUCAUUGUGGUGCUCUCAACUGAUAGUGCUUUACAAUCGCCUGAGCCCGUAUGUUCAGUGUAUUGAAAGCAAUUUUAGUUAUUUUGAAUUGUCCAGACGGUUGCGUAGUCGAGUCUAAAAAGCAGAGCCUAGGCUUUGCUCCUUUUCAGCCUUCCGUGCCGAAACCAUUGGCAAAGCCAAACCCUCUUGUGUGUUAUGGUUUACCAAAAAAAAACAUGCCGAAGC